GAACAGCUUGAUGUUUUUUUAGCAACUCAAAAUGCUUUUAGACCGGGCUUUCAGUCACCAAUAGUGCAUCGUGCUUUCACCACUUAGCUUGUGUCGCAAUCUAUUUAAAACCUGCUUUCCUCGUGAUGUAUCAACGUCAUAAAGACGUCUUGUGACCUUUUGUCAGCCACACUAUAAAGAGCUUUCCACGCUGCUAUUAAAGCUGAUUCCUUUACUGCGCAUCGGAGAAGAACAUCAGUUAAUCCAAGUCUCCUACAAAUUUCUUGACCCCGAAGCAGCAAAAUGAAGGGAUUUGUCGCUUUCUUGUUGUGCUUGACUGUAGCAAGUGGCUUUGUCCUCAAGGUAGAAGAAGAUGAAUUGCAGUGGAAAGCGUGGAAGAGUUUUCAUGGUAAAAGCUACCUCACCAAGAGCGAGGAAACAAUGAGGAAAGCUAUUUGGAGAGACAACCUUAAGACAAUCAACGAACACAACUCCCAAGGUCGCUCAUAUCGGCUGGCCAUGAACCACUUUGGAGACCUCACUCAAAAUGAAUUCAGCUUCCUGUACCUGCGACCACUGUACCUGUACCGCUUUUCCAGCGAGACCAAGAGAAGCGGCUCGGCGUACCUGGAGCCUGGGCACGUGAGUUUGCCAACUGAAGUUGACUGGAGAAAGGAGGGAUAUGUCACAGAAGUCAAAGAUCAAGGCCAUUGCGGUUCUUGCUGGGCGUUCAGCGCGACCGGAUCACUGGAAGGACAGCACUUCAAGAAAACAGGAAAACUCGUCUCCCUCAGUGAACAGAAUCUGGUCGAUUGCUCCAGAACAUCUGGAAAUUUAGGCUGUCAGGGUGGAUUCAUGGAUAGGGCGUUUGACUACAUCAUAGGAAAUCAUGGAGUCGACACGGAGGCCAGUUACCCGUAUGUGGCUAAAGACAACCCAUGUCGAUUUCAACGAAGAAAUGUUGGGGCCACCAUGACAGGGUACGUUGACAUUCCUAAAAGAAACGAAACGACCCUUCACUCGGCCACCGCCACAGUGGGACCAAUCUCCGUCGCCAUUGACGCCAGCGUUAAAUCGUUUCGGUUCUAUUCCAGUGGAGUCUACGAUGAACCAUCUUGCAGCAGCGAAUAUCUUGAUCAUGGUGUUCUGGUCGUUGGCUAUGGAACCUAUCAAGACAAAGACUACUGGCUAGUGAAGAACUCCUGGGGGACCAGGUGGGGAAUGGAAGGUUACAUCAUGAUGUCAAGAAACAAGGACAACCAGUGUGGAAUCGCUACACUUGCUAGCUAUCCGCUUGUUUGAUCCUGGCAAGACAACCUAGUUUACGAUGAAGGGAAGAAUGCUAAUUGGCUGACUGAGCGGUCCGAAUUUUGUAAUACGGACCGCUGAGGUGGAUACGUUUCGACGAAUAACUUAAUUUUUCAGAACAUUGCACGGCAGAAAACUAUUUGUUGUUAAGUAGAAAUUUUUGUUCCACGUUUGGUGGAUUAUUUCAGUCAAAAUUUUACCAAAGCGACGAAAGCGCUAACUCCAAUAAACUAAGCUUUUAUAUUUAUAUGUAUGACUAGAUUUAUGAAAAAUAUGUUUUUGGCGCGAGUUGCGGCGAAAAACUGAAAUUCUCAUACCCUUCUCCUUUUUCGUAAAUCCAGACAUACGUUGUAUACCGAGGAUAUAAGAUGAAUUUUUUUGUUUAUAUGAAAGAAUUGUUUUUAAAUCAUUUGCAAUAAAAUACCUGUCAGCAUC